CUCUUGCCCCACCUCCGCCACACCUUCGCCUCCUUGUACAUCACAUCACCACGCCACUCGUUAUCCGCUCACGCACGCACGCACCCUUCCCUCCCACCCUCCGUUCCUCCGCACUAACCCCUCUUUUCACAAUGCUUAUCAAAGAAUACCGCAUCGCCAUGCCCAUGACUUCAAAAGAAUACAACCUCGCCCAGCUCUAUAUGGUGGCAAAGGCAAGCCAGGAAGAGUCUGGCCAGCAAGCCGGCGAGGGAAUUGAAAUCGUCCGAAACGAGCCUUACGAUUCCAAAUCCCCACUUAACAGGCAUGACAUGCCACCUGGUCAGUACACCGAAAAAGUCAUGUAUCUCAAGAGCAAGCUCCCAAAAUUCGUCGCCAUGCUCGUCCCCGACUCCAUGACCAACAUCACCGAGUACUCGUGGAACGCCUUCCCGCGUUGCAAAACAGUAUACAGAAACGCCUAUUUUGGCGACAAGUUUGUCAUGUCCGUCGACACCAUGCACGCCGACGACCGCGGCACCCAACAAAACGCCGUCAACCUCCCGCCAGCCGACAUGGCCAAGAGAAAAGUCGAGUACAUGAACAUCGCAUGCGAGGACUCGUCCAUCCCCAUGGAGAAAGGGGAGAACCCUACACAAUUUUUGUCAAAGAAGACGGGCCGCGGCAACCUCAAGCCCACCUUCCUAGAGGACCAUGACCCCAUCAUGACGUGCUACAAAGUCGUUAAGCUCCGCUUCAAGGUCUUCGGCUUGCAGACUAAGGUCGAACAGUGGGGCCACCAUUACGGUAUGAAGGUCCCGCUUUUGAAAUGCCAUCGGAAGCUCUUUUGCUGGAUUGAUGAGUGGUUCGGCCUCGGCAUUGACAACAUUCGCGCCAUGGAGGAAGAGACCGCUCGUAUCACCAAGGUCAAGAUUGAGGACUCGCUCAAGGCCUCCGAAGUAGGGGCUAUUGCAGCUAGUUAGUUAGGCGCCUAACUCUACUUCCGACCGAGGUAGGGCUGUUCAUUUAUUUCAUUUACGGUUGUAGCAUCAAGUUACAUUUCGUCUCGUUUGGUGCGGUAUGGCGUUGGCUUCACUGUGGUGCGCGAUGGCAACGUUUUCAAGGUGCGUUUUUGGACACUGGCGAGUUUGUGAUGUUUGGUGCAACUUGCUGCUUGGUGGGGUGACGCGGCAAAACAUGACGUUCGAAUCGUCGUUUUGCUGGUUGUCGUGCAGCACGGUCAUGGUUGUGUUAGCAUCCGUAAAGCACAUUUAUGUACUC